AUGCUCGUCCGAUCUUUCUCCGCCCUAGCGGCGCUCAUGCUCACCGCCGCCCAUGCCGCCGCCGAGCCCAUGCCGUCCAAGUCGAAUCCCCAGUUCACGAAGAUGUCGACCCGCCAAAUGUUUGGUGUGCUUCGUCGUGCGGACGAUCCGUAUCUGCCAACGCCGUUCUCCUGCGGAACUGGCAACACGUGCGCGGAGGCUUGCGGCGCCGGUUUUGAGACCUGCACGGCUACCGAUAGCCAGGUUCAUUGCUUCGAUCCUACAGCUGGCGAGACCUGUUGCCCCGAUAGCACCGGCAACUCUUGUGAAGCUGGAUUUUUCUGCGCGGCCACCACAACGAAGAGUACAGUGUGCUGCAAUAACGGCAAGUCGUUGGAAGACUGUGCCAAGGAUAACAAAGUCGUUGGGGUUCUGGUCUCGGAGACUGCCGCACCAACAACCUCGUCGACAACCGCCCCUAUUUCUUCGUCCACGCCUGUCACAACCACCGCAGCUUCCUCCACGGUAGAUAAGAACACCACGACAGCUGCUACCACGACAAUCUACUCGACGACGUCGAGCGCGGCACUCAUCCCUGUGAGCUUUCCGACGUCUAACAUCACGUCGAUCAUCUCCAGCCUGCCGUCGCAGCUUCCGACGAAAUCCGCGGUUCCGACAGGCGGCGCAGAAAACCUUGCCACUCCGGGGGGGCUGCUCCUCCUUGCGGCCGGUAUCGCUGCUCUUCUCUAG